UUUGAUUCACACUAACACUUGGAUUCUACAUAAAAUAAAAACCAAUUAAAAGAAGGAAAGAUUAAAUUGAUUCCAACCGUGAAUAAAACACACAACUAUCCUCGUACAAGACCUCAUCAGAACUCCGAAAGACAUAAGCUAUAGUAAAUAUCCUCUGUACAUUCUCCUAAGAUCAGAGCCACGAUAGUGGAUCGGCAAUUCUAGAUUAUACCUGUGCGCAGGGCGUCCUUCGGUAUUGGGCGUUGAGAGAGGAAGAGAGGAAGAGAGGGGCACAGGCACAGCACAGUAGCGAAGAUGCCGAAGAAGAUGGGAGUGAAUAGCAAAGCAGAAGAGGCUAGGGCACGAAAGAACGCUUCGGAGGCGGAGCGCAAGGAGCGAGAAGCCCGACAGAAAGAAGAUCAGUACUGGAGAGAGGCAGAGGGCACCAGGUCUCGUGCUGCUAAGAAACGUGAGGAGGAGGCCGAGAAGCGCGCCGAGGCCGCUGCCCGCAAGGCCGAGGCACGACGUCUUGCGGAGAUGGAAGAGAAAGAAUUGGAGAAAGCCACCAAGAAGCCCGAUAAGAAGGCCAGCCGCGUGUCCAUCCCGGUCCCCAAGAUCACCGAGGCCGAACUCCAGCGUCGACGCGAGCAGGAGAGGCUCCAGAUCCUUCAGCGCGCUGAGGAGGCCAAGAAGCACCAGGCUCGUACUGCCGACGAAGAGGAGUAUGAGCGCAUGGUCCUUGUUACCAAUACCAACCGUGAUGAUUCCGUCAUCGAGGCUCACACUGUUGAGGAAGCUAUCGCUCGGAUUGCCGUCACUGACAACCUUCCUGUCGACCGCCAUCCCGAGAGAAGGCUCAAAGCCUCCUUUAAGGCAUUCGAAGAAGCUGAACUUCCUAAAUUAAAGGAAGAGAAACCGGGUCUCACUCACAACCAAUACAAGGACAUGAUAUGGAAGCUGUGGAAGAAAUCUCCGGAUAAUCCUCUUAACCAGAUUACGGAGUGAUCUUAGUGGCAUCUCCAAUUGGAAUCAGCUAGCUAUUUACUCCCUGGUGUUCCUAUCUCGCCACACUACUACAUCUAGGUGUUGGAAGUGCUAGUAAUCUCCUAUCUAUUCUAGAUUUUUGGAUCUACAGAGUGGGAAAUGUCUGACCCUCCCUGUUUGCCUGGGUCCAAGGAGUCACUUUUUGGUCCCAUGGUAGUUCUGUCACUUUCUUGAAAUAAUUUUGCUCCUCUACACCGAAUCUGUGCGGUCAAUUAUUGCUUACUGGGGUGUACUUAUGGAGAAAAAGGAUAGCAUGAAAUUGUGAUUGGGUCGUUAUGUUUAUCUUAGCUGAAUUUGUUUAUAAUAAAGCCAACUUUUAUCUUC